AUGAGGUUGGGUGAUAGAAACCGUGACAGAAGCCGUAGUCCCAUGAGAUCUAGGAAAAGUGGAUGUAAAAAGGUAUUUGUGUCUAAUAUACCUUAUGAAUACAAAUGGAAGGAGUUGAAAGAGUUGUUCAAAAAAGAAGGUAUUAGUGUGCUAUGUGAUAAUAAUAAUACAACUUUUGCUCUAUAUACAGAUAAUUAAAAAUCUAUAUAAUUAUGUAUAAUGUAUUAAUAUAUUUUGAUUUUGUUUUAGUUGGGGAUGUGACAUUUGUUGUAGUAUAUACAGAUGAAAAAGAAAAAUCUCGAGGCUGUGGUACUGUUGAGUUUGAUAGAGCAGAGGCCGCUCAAAAAGCUAUUGAUAAGAUGCAUCGGUUUGAUAUAAAUGGAAGAAAAUUAGUUGUUAAAGAGGUAUGUAUUUAUUUUUAUUCUAGUAUUAUUUUUAAGUAAUUUAAAUUAUUUUUUGAUUAACUUAAACUUUGUUUUAGGAUGAUAUUGAAAGAGACAAGAGUGGCCGCCCAAUGCCAAAUGGAUCUCGUAAUACUGGAGGUGGCGGUAAUGUUGGUGUUGGAAGCGGAGAUAUUAGAACUAAUAACAGAAUGUCUGUAUCAGAUGAUUUUCAGUGGGACAAUACUUAUGGACUUUCUCCUCAGUUUCUUGAAUCACUUAAUAUACGUGGCCCUCUUAUUAAUCGUAUAUUUGUUGCAAAUGUAAAGUUAUUUAUAUUUAUAUGAUAUUUAUGUAUUUCAUUGUUAAAAUUUGUUUAGCUCGACUACAAAGUGGACGAAAAAAAACUUAAAGAGGUAUUUAAACUAGCUGGUCGAGUAUUAGAAGUCGAAAUAUUUUCAGACAAAGAAGGAAAAAGUAAAGGAUAUGGGGUGGUCGAGUAUAGCCAUCCAGUUGAAGCUGUUCAAGCUAUUUGUAUCCUUAAAUACAUUUUUUUAAUGUUUUUCAUUUAUUAUGUUUCAAAUUUAGAUUUUUCUUAAUAAUUUAUCUUAGCCAUGUUUAACAAUCAAUUUUUGUUUGAACGCCCAAUGUCUAUACGUCUUGAUCGUACUGAUAAAGAUCCAUUAGCAAGACUUCCUGAAGGCUUAAAAUCAAUUGGAAUGGGCUUAGGUGCUGGUGGAACACCAUUGCAUGAUGUUGAGAGUAUGUGAUGAUUAUUUACUAAUAAGAACUAUUGUUACUACCUAUUACAUUUAAAUAUUCAAUAAUUCAAAGAAAAAUGUAUUUUUAUUUGAAAAAUUCUUCAACAUUUUUAGUUUGAUCAAUAGUUUUCAUAAUGUUUAAAAAAUAGUUAAACAAUGACAGCAAAAAAAAGUUGUCUCCAUUAAAAAUUUAUAUUCCUAAUAAAUCCUUAUUAAUAUUUUUAAUUGGUUUGUUUCUUUUGAAUAGGAAAUCUCCCAUCAAAUAAUACUUCACCAAUACAACCUCCGGCAUUAAGUACACCAGUGAACACUUCUGCUUUAGCAGUGCUGAGUGGUCUAAGUGCUGAUAGAUUGGGUAUAGAAACCCAGAAUCGGCGUGCUCGUAAGUAAAAUUUGAUCAAAUUUUUAAAAUUAUUUGUUUAUUUAUAAUUAAUUUUCUAUGAUUUCAUAAAAGUUGGCGGAGUUAAUGGACUUGGAAAUUUGAGUGCCAGUGAUUUAGGCAUUGGGUCUGGAGGCCUAGGACCUCAAUAUGGAUCUGGUUUAAACACUAGUGGAGGUGGAUCAAUGAACAAUUCUUCAUUACAUCAAAGUAUUAUUUUCAUCAUUUUUUUAAAUUUUUAGUAUAAAAUUAUAAAAUAAUGAAUUUUAGUUAUGUUGGACGACUUAUAUGAUGAUGGUCAAAUGAUUUUAUCAUAUAGGCUAAUUUUUUAACAAUAACUAUUUACAUUUUUUUUUUUUAUAUUUAUAUAUUUUAAAAAUUAAUUUAAUACAAAUUAUUUUUAAUAUCGGAAAAAAAUAUUGUGGGGAAUUUAUCUCCAUGGUUUGACCACUUCUGGACUCAUGUAAUCAUGUUAAAUAUUUUUUAGAUUCAUUAGGUGGUCGUGAUUUUGAUUCUUUAUCAGCAUCACUUGGCGUACGAAGCUCAAAUAGUGGUGGUGGACCUUUUGCUGCAGAUUUUAGAUCUGGAUUGGGUAAUUAAUAAUUAUUAUCUAAACAUUUUCAAUUUUUGCAUUCAAAUUUUUUUUUUGAAUAUACAUAACAAAACAAAUAUAUGAUGAAUAUAAUUAUUUAUUAUUUAUUUAAUUUAUUAAAAUAUUUUAUAGUGCCAACUAAAAUAAAUAAUUGAAUGAAUGUUUUUUUUUUUUUAAACGAGUUUUAAUAUUUUAUAAAAAUAAAGAUUUGGAUAAGUUAUACCAUUGUACUUCAAGCAGAUAAACCACAAAACUAAUUUAUUUAGCUAUCAUAUUAUUAACCUCCUUAUGUUACUUUACAGUAGUAUGCUAUAUUACUAAAACAAAUAAAUAAACAAAGUGGUUAUUAAUUAGUAAAUAUGAAAAAUUUGUUUAUGUAUAUAAGUAAAAUGUAAUGGUAAGAAAUUUCUAAAUAUAUUUGAGAAAAUAAUCAAUUAUAAUUUCAAUAUAAAUAACAGCUUAGAAAUAUUAAAUAUCUAAAUAAACACUUUUAUUAUUUUUAUAUUAGAGUUGCAUUUAUUAUCUUAUACUGUAAAAAAUUGGAAAGUUAGUUUUAAAAAUUUUAGUCUAUACCUAAUAGAUAAUAAAUAAAAUUAAAUAUCUAUGUCAUUUAACCUCAAUUUUUGCAAUGUCUUCUAUUAAAGUAAGUUUACUUUCUAUGUAAAAAUAGUAUAUUUUCUAUGUAAAAAUAGUUUAUUUUUCUAUUAAUUUCUUGAUGUUGAAUAUGGUAUAGUUAAUAUUUUAAAUUUAUUAUUAUUAUUAUUAUUUUUUUAAUUUUAACUUACAAAUUGUAUAUUUUCUCAUCCUCCAUAAAAUACGUUUAUCUAAUUUAUCAGACCGCAGAAACUUUUUAACAUCCUUUUCAUUUCUUAAUCUCAUGUUUAGAAAAAUUUAUUCUCCUUCACUUUCUCAGGUCUUUUUUAAAAUUCUAGUUAAUACCACAUUUCCACAUACUCCUCUUCUACAAAUUACUGUCUUAACUUAAUUUAGUUAGAUAAUUUCAUUUUAUGUAUUUAGUAUUUACUUAAGCACAAUUAUUACUUUAAUUAGAUGAAUAGUUAAUUGAAAAAUUAAAUAUUCCUAUUUAAAAUUCGACCUCUUGACAUCCAUAAGAGAAAAUGUAUCAUCCUCUUCAAUUAUUCUAAGGGGUAUCUUGGUAAAUGUUUUAAACUAAUCCCACCCACUCACUUAUCUUACUUUAAAACACUAUAUUUGUCUAGAUUUAGGUUUUAAAUUUAAAUUUUAUUAUUCUAGGUGGAGGAGACAUGGGAAUGGGCCAAAAAAAAUCUGACACAAUUAUGGUAAAAAAUUUACCAUCAGAUACUACAUGGCAAAUCUUAAAAGAUUUCUUCCGGGACUGUGGAGAUAUUAAAUUUGCUGAAGUUGGAAGCAAGGGAUUCGGAAUUGUAAGAUUUGCUCAUGAAUGGGAUGCUGAAAGAGCAAUAAGUAUCCUUUUUAUGUAUAUAUUUUAGAAACAUUGACGAUAUUUUAUAAUUUUUCAUUAUAAAAUAUUAAUAUAAUUUAGGUAAUUUGUAACCAAAUUAUUAGGAGUAAAAGUAGCAUAAUUCUGUUUAACAAUGUUACAUUUUAAAAAAUAUGUUAUAACCAAAUUCAAAUUUAAAUUUUGCAAUUGACUAGUUUACAAAAUUAUGCUACUGUUGGAGUGUUAUUGUUAUAAAAAAUUUAUUUGUAUAUACAUAUAUAAGUAUACUAAAUAUCUCAUAUCUCUAUGUAAAGUUAGUAAAAGGGAAUGGUAAAGAUAAUUUCAAAAUUUUAAUAGUUUUUCCUUAAUGACGCUAUUUUCAGCUUUAAAACAUUUAUCCAGAUUUAAUGGUCAUAUACUUGAAGUAAUUUAUUUCUAA